AUGUCAUUACCCUCGAGAGAUUCCGACACGGACGUGGCAGACCGUCCGCUGCUCCAGCAUGAUUCCGAUCAAGAUGAGAACGGGCCGGCAGGUCCUCAAUCGGCCAUAACACGCCGAAUUUACAUCUCUCACUUUCUCUCCACAUGGAAUUCCCGCGUGUUUGAGUUCGGGGCUAUCUUGUACCUGGCCUCAAUCUUCCCCGAUACUUUGCUGCCCAUGUCGGUCUAUGCGCUCGCGCGAGCGAUCGCGGCCAUCCUCUUGGCUCCGGCGGUUGGACACUACAUCGACACCGGAAAUCGCCUGGCCGUCGUGCGGUUUUCUAUCGUGGCUCAGCGUGUGGUUGUGGCCGCGUCCUGUGCAGUGUUCUGGGUCCUGGCAAGGGGGGACCUGAACCUACGGGCAUUUACGCCGUGGCUGCUGGCACUCCUGGCGCUGCUGGCUUGCGUCGAGAAGCUUUGUUCCGUCAUGAAUAUGGUCUCGGUUGUGGUCGUUUCUCAAGGCGAUGACAUCGCGCUUCGAGCGCUCAAUUCGCAGAUGCGCCGGAUUGACCUCACCUGCAAGUUGGUCGGGCCGUUGAUCAUCGGCCUGGUCGACGGUCUAUCCACCGAGAUCGCCAUCAUCGUGAACUUUGGCAUGAACAUGGUGUCGGUUCCGUUAGAAUAUUACGCGAUCGCUAGAGUCUACCACGCAGUGCCCGAGCUACAGCAGCCGAAGCAGUCUGCCGGAGACGUCGACAGCGACGUCGACAGCGACACUGAACCAUCCCCACGACCGUCGUCGAUUAGUCGCGGGAUGGAUGCCAUCCGUGCACUUUUCCGGCAAUUGCACUUUUACUUUGGGCACCGAGCAUUGCUUCCUUCGUUCGCCGGAGCGCUCCUCUACUUCACGGUCCUGACGUUUGGCGGCCAAAUGGUCACCUACUUGCUGUCGGUCGGCUACAGUUCCAUGGCCAUCAGCAUCGCCAGGACGGUGUCCGUAGGGUUUGAAAUCUCCGCCACGUGGAUCGCACCAGCCGUGGCGGCGCGUAUCGGCCCCAUCCGCAGCGGUAUCUGGUUUGUCAGUUGGCAGCUGUGCUGUCUGGCGGCAGCCAUGUCGGCCUUCUGGACCGUGGAGUCUCCCAUCUGGGCGGCUUCCAGUCUGGUGGGAGGGACGAUGUUAAGCCGGGUCGGGCUGUGGGGCUUUGAUCUUUCGGUGCAGAUCAUCGUGCAAGAAGAGGUGGAACCGGCCUACCGAGGCAGCUUCUCGUCGGUGGAGGCGGCCUGGCAGAACGCGUUUGAGCUGUGCUCGUACGCCACUACCAUCCUGUUCUCUCGACCCGAUCAGUUCCACUGGCCCGUCACCAUCAGCUGCGUCGCCGUCGCGAUGGCCGGAGGGAUGUAUGCGGGAUUCGUUCGCAUGCGGCGCGGUCAUCUGUUCCAUCCUCCGCACUGCAUCGCCAUGCUGGACAAGCGAUCGCGGCCGGAUUAUGAACACGUCUCAAGUCCAAGGACUGUCGGUCCUGUGUAG